UGUCAUGUUUCUGACUUCUGUUGAUUUAUUAUGACACUUUAAAUUAUUUGGAUUAUUUGACAAUUAUUUAUGUUUUUGCAAUUAGUAUAAAUAAUUCAGCAUAUUAUUAUUUAAAAAAAAAUAUUGUAUGUGGAUAGACUAUUAAUAUUGUAUAUAAGUUAAACAUAGUACAUAAUUAAUUGUAUAGACACAGUCUUUCUGACUCAUCCGUGCAGAGGUAUCACAAUGGAUGAAGAAUCGGCAAAUUUUACUGAAGACGACUAUUAUAUACCACCUGUUAAAUAUGAGUACUUGGAUCAUACUGCUGAUGUUCAGUUGCAUGCAUGGGGUGACACUCUCAAAGAAGCAUUUGAGCAGUGCGGCAUGGCAAUGUUUGGUUACAUGACGGAAUUAGAAUAUGUGGAAAUUAAAGAAGUUUCAACCAUAGAAGCAAAUGCUGAUGAUAUGAUGGGCUUGCUAUAUCACUUCCUUGAUGAAUUACUAUAUUUAUUUUGCGUUGAACCAAACUUAAUAUGUAGGAAAAUUGUUAUCACAGAUUUUAAUGUAGAAGAGUUUAAAAUAGUUUGUAAGUGUUAUGGUGAGGAAUUCCGAAUUGGAAAACAUCCACAAGGGACUGAAGUGAAAGCUAUUACAUAUUCAGCUAUGCAAAUUAUAGAUGAUGCUAAGGACAAUAAAUAUGAAGUGUAUGUAAUUAUAGAUAUAUAAGUAAUAAUUUUGUAUUAUUAUUGGAAUGGACUAUGUUUUGUUACAUCUUUGAAUAUACAUGGCUUAUAUUGUUA